AGCUGUGCAGGCUGUUAACGCGACGCUUUAACAACACGCCUAUGCAUUGAGCAAAUAAUGCAUUUUAAACUACUGCUGAAAGACGUAUCAACAUUAUUUGUACGGGAAUAUUUCUGAUUUCUUUCAAUCUUUCAGGUGAUUGUUAAUAUUUAACUUCAGAAGCUAAAAGAAUGUGAUCACGGCACGUAUCAACGUUGAUAGUGGCCCAAUAUUGGUUUUAUUCUGCAGCAGCGCGACGCGUCACACGCAAGGUGCGGCAGAGCCCAGACGGUUACGCGUCGGGUUUGGCCCUAAUCUGGAUAAACCCAUCAACAACCUCAAUGAUCUUGUAGAUCAGAAGCAGCGUGAUGACUAAAACGCCUGAUACCCCGGCACCCUGCGCGGGUAUGGGUGAUAUCCACCACCACCACAGCCAUCCCGAGGAGCCCGUGGAGCAGCUCUCCAGACGCGCUCGCGUUGCUGUUCCUGAACUGGUUGUUACCUGCGAGCCGUGUGACCAGAGCCCCCCCGGACGCUGCUCGGGCUCUUAUCAUCCCGACGAGGAGUCCAUCUGCUCGGACAGCGGGCUCAGCGGGUCUCCCGCCUCGUCCCUGGCGCUCAGAAAACUGUCCAACUCGUCCUCAACCGGCCUCUCGCCAGCUUCUUCUUUUGAGGAAUGCGAAGAGGAUUUAAUGGGUUACGGCGACUAUAAUCAGUCUUCAGGUGAACCGCUCACGACUGAUCAGUGGAAGAAGUCAAAGAAUAUGGUGAACUGGUCUCCACUUCCAGUGACGGUGAAAAAGCGCUCACCCUGGGUGCAGGUGGUCGGCCACGCAGGAAACUUUCAGACGGGCAGUGAUGGAAGGCUGCUGAAGAAGUACUGUGAGUGCGAGCAGCAGUGUUUUGUGCAGCUCAUGAGCGACUCACUGCGGCCUUUCGUUCCUGGAUACUAUGGCGUGACUCGGCGUGACGAGCAGGAUUACAACCUCAUGGACGACCUCCUCGCUGACUUUGACUCUCCCUGCAUCAUGGACUGCAAAAUGGGGAGCCGGACUUACCUAGAGGAAGAGUUGAGAAAGGCCCGCGAGUGUCCUCAGCCACGCAAAGACAUGUAUGAAAAAAUGAUAGCGGUGGACCCGGACGCCCCGACUGAGGAGGAGCGGGCCCAGAAGGCGGUACUCAAAACUAGAUACAUGCAGUGGAGAGAAACCCUCAGCUCAACAGCAACACUGGGCUUUCGCAUCGAGGGAGUCAAGAAAUCAGAUGGCACUUGUAACACUAACUUCAAGAGAACAAAGUACAAAGAUGAGGUCAUCCAAGCCCUGGAGGACUUUGUGGACAACAACAUGCUAAUCUUGAGAAGCUACCAACAACGCCUGAAGGAACUAAGAGCUGUGCUGGAAAAAUCCGAUUUCUUCAAAGCACAUGAGGUGGUGGGCAGCUCCUUAUUAUUUGUCCAUGAUCUAACUGGCAAGGCUGGAAUCUGGAUGAUAGACUUUGGAAAGACUGUACCUGUGCCGCCCCCUCUCACCCUGGACCAUCGCAGCCUGUGGGUGGAGGGCAACAGAGAGGACGGGUACCUUUGGGGCCUGGACAAUUUUAUUGACAUUCUGACCAACAUGCUUCCAGAGAAAUGAAAGGCAUCGUGGAUCUUGAGAAUUGUCAUUUUCUGCACAGACUGUCUGAUACCCCUGUUUUUUUCGACAUGGAGGAUGAACCGAUGGAAUGGACUGACUGGCCUCAACAUUUACUACAAGUCCUACUGAAUUUACCUGCUGAAGCCCUUCGCUAUGCUGUCGUUUUCGCUACUUUUGAAAAGCUGUGUGUAUUUUUACAAUGUAAAUACAUUUUUAUUUAAGCAGUUUGCUUUUAGGGGUUGAUGAGUAAAAGAUUAGCUUAGUUUUAUGAACAUUAACCCUGCAGAUGAAAAUCAUUACAGUAGUGUUGUUUUGAUAUGUUAAGCCAUGCUUUUGAAUACUAAUGAAAUCUGGACCUGUAUAGUCUGUGAUAGUUGCCAGAUAUUUUUUUUUCCUGCAUUUUACCUUAUAUUUGUGACCAAAUGUCUCUACUUUGUUUUGGGAUGAACUGAAUUGUGCACACUAGUACAGUCCCAUAAACUGAAGCUGAAUCAAAUCACAGAACAACAAAGACCUCUUACACUGUUCUUGGUACUGUUUUAAUAACACAAAACGGUGUUUUGUUUUCUGUCUUGAUCAAGCAGUACUUUAAUUCACGUCA